AUGGUAGUGUUAGUUCUGGGUGCUGUGUAGCAUAGUGGAGUUGUGUGUUGAGAAUGAGGACUAUGAGGAUGGCUACUGUGGCUGUUGUCUUGGUGGUGUGUCUAAUGGUGGGGUGCAUCCAGGGGGGACCCUUACCUUCCGAACCCCAAAUAGCCACCCAGGAAAACUUCAGCAUCGACCGGUUCAUGGGUAAGUGGUAUGAUGUGGCCUCUGCCUCCUCGUGUCCCUGGAUGCAUCGCCACAAGGGGGCGCCAUCUCUAGUGGGGACGCUGGAGCUGAAGAAGGGAACUGCUGCUAACACUAUUAGCAUGACGCGCACCAUGAGCAGGGGUGGGGAGUGUAAGCAGAUAUCUGGAGACUACAAGCUGACCUCCACGCCAGGAAGAUUCAACUACCAUGUGCAGAGGUGGAAUGCGGAUGUGGAUGCCUACGUGGUCCACACCAACUAUGAUGAGUACGCCCUGGUGGUCAUGUACAAGGAGAAGCAGGGAGGCAACAAGACCACAUCAGUCAAACUCUAUGGUCGUAGCCCUACACUGCGUGACACCCUGUUGGAUGAUUUCAAGCGUGUGGCCGCAGAGCAGGGUCUCACUGGCGCCGCCAUUAAAAUCAAGGAGAACAGAGGAGAGUGUACGCCAGGGGAGACUGUGAUUGUCGACCAGCCGGUGGAACCAGUUCAGAGGUCCAGGAGGUCUGUGCUGCUGAAGGCUGAUGAUGACGAGGGAUCAGGGGAUAACGUGGACAUGGACACGCCCCUUUUCAGAGGAGUAGAGUCGUGCCGUGCUGCUCCUGACUCCGGCCCGUGUUUCGGCUCCUUGCCGCGUUUCCACUACAACGCCUCCCUCAUGGCCUGCCAGCUGUUCAACUUCGGGGGUUGCCUUGGCAACCAGAACAACUUCAACACAGAGAAGGAGUGCCUACAGAGCUGCCGAACGGAGGCUGCCUGUAGACUCCCACUGGACGCUGGGCCCUGUAAGGGGGACGUGAAGCUCUUUGCGUUCGACGCGGCGGCCAGUAAGUGUGUGUCCUUCAGCUACGGAGGCUGCGGAGGCAACGGAAACAAAUUCUACACACAGAAGGAGUGUGAGGAGUACUGCGGAGUCAUGAAGGACGAAGAUGAGGAGCUGUUGAAAGCCAACUGAGGACCACGAGAAUCGUUUAGACUGGACUGCUCAGCUGAUGCCACACACACACGCACGCACGCACGCACGCACGCACGCACGCACACACACACACACACACACACACACUAGCCGUCAUUAACCUGUUAGCGUCUGCAGCCGUCAUCCGGGUCUGUGUCAUAUUCCAUUAAUCACCAGUAGGGGGUGCCGCUGUGUCUCCUCUGUUUCUCAUGAUAGAUAAACCAACUCUGAGUUCUUCCUCAAUAUCCUGACUCCCAUCCUCCACUUGAGGGGCCUAUUCCAAUAUCCUAACUCUCCUAAGUCCUUCACCUCAGUCUGUGGUUGUGGCCUCGCAGUUCUCUGACGCUAUAUACCUAUGUGGAGAAAACAAUGAAGUGUCGUUUCCCCCCCCUGCCAGACUUGCCACAACAUUUUUGUUUUUGGACUUUUCCCAUUCAACAUCCCAAAAUGAGAAAACCACAACGGCAAAAUGACAUUUGAUUGGUGUCUUUGGCGAGGUAUUGAAACAAAGUUCUGUCGAGGCCACAAGCACAAGGGAGGAUGGGAGUGUGGAUAAUGGAAUGAAAGAGACCCUUUUAUACUUACAGGCUAAUGAGGUGCUGUAAUGACAACUCAUCAAUAAACACUACUGGAGUCCACUUGGA